CUUUUGUUUCGCUGUCGUCCCUCUCCCUUUGCAUCGUCCCAGUCACAAUCCGGGAGUAGCUGUGAGACGGUUGUCGGCUCGAGGUGAAAAGCUUCGAAAGCGCGCCGAGAUGGACGAUGGUAAGAUUCAAGCCGAGAAAGACCUCCCAAGGGAGCGCGAUCAUGACUUAUCGUCACCGGAAUUCAGUUCGGUAGGCGGAGACUCAGCACUGCCAACCCAACAACGACCUGCCGACAUGGAGAAGGAAGCCUCGAUGCCAGCAGCGACUGGCCCACCUCCUCCACCAAACGGAGGGUACGGAUGGGUCUGUACUGCAUGCUGCGGUCUGAUUAACGCACACACCUGGGGUCUGAACUCAAGCUACGGUGUCUUCCUCGCUUACUAUCUCGCCAAUAACACGUUUCCUGGCGCAACAAGCCUGGAAUAUGCCUUUGUUGGAUCACUAUCCAUAUCAUGUGCCAUGCUCAUCUCACCAGUUGCUACUUACACAACGCGAGUGUACGGUACGAAGACAACUCUGUUCAUUGGCGUGGCGUUCGAAACGGCGAGCUUGAUCGGAGCGUCCUUCGCUUGGGCUAUAUGGCAGCUGUUUCUCAGUCAAGGUGUCUGUUUUGGUCUUGGUAUGGGCUUCUUGUUCGUCGGCUCCGUCGGCAUCGUACCGCAAUGGUUCACAACUCGGCGGUCACUGGCCAAUGGAUUUGCGACCUCUGGAAGCGGAUUAGGCGGUCUUGUGUACUCUUUGGCAACCGGUGCGAUGAUCCAGCGUAUCGGUCUUGCGUGGGCGUUCCGUAUCCUGGGCAUUGUGGCUUUUGCUGUGAACAGCAUAUGCGCAAUACUGAUCAAAGACCGGAACAAGAUCAUAGGCGCUUCGCAGCUCUCCUUUGAGGUUGGGCUUUUUAAGCGACCGGAGUACCUCCUCUUCAACGGUUACGGCUUCUUCAGCUUGCUCGCCUACGUCGUCCUUAUUUUCUCGCUGGCGAACUACGCCAAUGCGAUUGGUUUGACAGCAUCGCAGGCUUCAAUCGUCUCCGCAAUUCUGAACCUUGGUCAAGCGCUUGGCCGUCCACCUAUUGGGUACUUCAGUGACACCUUCGGUCGCAUAAAUAUGGCUGCACUAAUGACCUUCCUAAGCGGCCUUUUCGCGCUCGUCAUUUGGAUUUUCGCCAAGAGCUACGGAGUACUGCUCUUCUAUACUGUCAUCGGCGGAAUGGUGGCCGGCACAUUCUGGGUCACCGUUGCACCCGUUUCAGUCGAGGUAGUGGGCCUAAGAAAUGCACCUUCCGCCCUCAAUCUCGAGUGGCUGGUCAUUGCACUCCCUUCCACGUUCAGCGAGCCUAUCGCUCUGGAGAUAGUUGACAGGACGGGAAGUUACUUGGGCACGCAGCUGUUCACUGGGUUCAUGUACAUUGCUGCCGCCGGCUGCUUGGUGCUCAUGCGUGGCUGGAAGAUCGGCGAGUUGGACGAAUUGGCUCGAUUGAAAGGGCAGAGUCUGGACGAGCUCGAUGCGGUCGCAGCUACAGCGGACGAUAAUGACGCUGCGGCGAAAGCAGUGGGUCGGAAAAGCCUGCUCAAGAAUUGUUUGAAGUGGCGGAAAGUGUAGCAUAGCAAGUGAAUAUGUGCCAUGCCCGUUCUGAAUAUCAUCAUCAACACUCACGUGCCCUACGCCGCGCUAACACAAGCAGUACCCUCUCCGCCCCAUGCGCCUGGAGACAUGGUCGACUGUGUCAAUUGCUCAACCCUAUUGCAGUAUCCACUCGCUCUCAACGCAUUUUAUGAGUAGAUCAGCGAGCCUCAAACUGAAUCAUUCUAUUGGUCCGCUCCUUGUACAACACACGGUAACCACACUCUUUGCAGCGGAUAGGAUCAGUCUUCUUCAGCACUACUUUCGCGUCGCAGUCACCGCAUAGGUAGUGGACGGGGCGCGAUGUAUCUUCGAAAUUGCCACUGCCGGUGAUGUUGAAGCUUCCGAGAGACGUGCUUCCUGCGCCGGCGGCUGCACCACCUUGAUUUUGCUGCGACAGCG